CCAUUCCCCAGCUCCCAUCCCAUUAAUCCAGCGGCCGCCUCUUGGCUUUUCUCGUCAAUCUCCGCUCAGUUGCAUUUUUCCUCACGCAAAAUAUUCAACUGGGUAUACUUUUUAUCGAAUCUAUAUGUUCAUAUUUUAACUUCAAAAUUCAAUCUUUUUUUACCGUGUUGCAAUGUAAAGGUCGGUUCUUUAAGCUGGUGGAGACUGAGAUGAUGAUUAUUGAUAUGUUUCCCUAUUGGUUUGAUCGCUGGGAUGAUGGCAUCAAUAAUGUAUUAGUUCAAAAUUUUGAUCUUUUGGCUGUGUUGCAUGGUAAAGCUCUGUUCUUUAAUCUGGUGGAGAAUGAGGUGAUGAUUGAUAUUUUUCCCUAUUGGUUUGAUUGCCGGGAUGAUGGCAUCAAUAUGUAUUAGCUCUAUCUGAUCAUUCUCCUUACUUUUUAGCAUUCUGUUUUUUGUUGUGGUUUCUGCUUAUUCUCGGUAUAUAUCAGAGGUCCUGUUUGAGUAGUCCUGUUUAUUGUCAGUUUCUGGUGUCAUUGUUUGUGUAUUUAUGUAUUAAUCUUUAAGUCUUAAUAAUUACAUAUGUUAGUACAUAUCAUAUACUACUAACGGAUGGAUCCAAACUAGUUUAUGUCUGAAGUUUGAGUAGUCCUGUUUAUUGUCAGUUUCUGGUGUCAUUGUGUGUGUAUUUAUGUAUUAAUCUUUAAGUCUUAAUAAUUACAUAUGUUAGUACAUAUCAUAUACUACUAACGGAUGGAUCCAAACUAGUUUAUGUUUGAAGUGAAAUUUUGAUGUGAAAUUCGCAUCAAAAUUCUGGAGUUGCCUAGUUGGAGACUGAAGUGAUGAUUAUGAUAUGUUUCCCUAUUGGUUUGAUUGCCUAGAUGAUGGCAUAUCAUGUACUAGCUCUAUCUGAUCAUUCCCUCGGUGCACACACAAUUGGAUUAUGUGAAACAAGUGGAUUUUCCUUUUAUCUCUUGUCAACACACAGUUCUUUUAUUUAUUUUCAGCUCACUUAUCUUAUUCUGGUUGGGAGCAUGUAUUGUAUUGCUUGAUUACUGUGGUGUGUUAUUUUAGAAACCUGGGAAAUGCUAAAAGUUGCUAUAGCAGAUUAUAUAAGACAGGCUUGAUCUUAGUACAGAAGAUCAUUGUAUCUGACCUGUGCAUAUGCUUGG